AUGGAAACUCCAAUGAAAACCACUGGAAAGCUUCAGUCUAAUCCCAGUGAAAAUCCUGCAGACCAGAAGCUAUAUCGAUCUAUGAUAGGAAGUCUGUUGUACUUAACCGCAACAAGACCUGAUAUUGCUUUCAGUGUAGGUUAUUGUGCUAUAUUUCAAGCAAAUCCUAAAGAAUCACAUCUAAAAGUUGUAAAAAGGAUCAUAAGAUAUGUUAAUGGUACCAUAGAUUAUGGUCUAUCGUACUCAAUGGAUACGAAUAACAGACUGGUUUCCUAUUCAGACGUUGAUAGGGCAGGAUGUGUUGAAGAUCAGAAAAGUACAUCUGUGGUUGUUUCUAUGUGGGUCAAAAUCUUGUAG